AUGGGAGAAAACAAGAUCGGCGUUGGUUAGUUUACUCAAAAGCAUUUAACAAUUUUUUUUGCUUUUGUUGUAAAUUGUUCAACUAGAAAGACAGAGGUCAAUUGGCAUCUACGGGAUUCAGUGAUUAGAGAAACAUUUCGAAAAGGCUUAGAGAGCAUGAAUCUAGUCGGGAACAUAUUCUUUGAAUGAAUCAGUGGGUGGAAUUAGAACGGAGGCUAGAGAAAAAUCAGACCAUUGAUAAAUAUGCUCAAGAUGAAAUGAAUAAAGAGAGAAUUCAUUGGAGGCAAGUUUUGCUCAGGAUCAUUUAUGUGGUUAAAACUUUUGCUAAAAAAAAUCUAGCGUUUCGUGGGAGCAAUGGAAAGAUUGGAGAAGAUAGUAAUGGGAAUUUCUUAAGUUUCAUUGAGAUGCUUGCUGAUUUUGAUCCGGUGAUGAUAGAACAUCUUAGAAGAUAUAAAAGUUGUGAAGCUCGUUGUCAUUAUCUCAGCAACAACAUUCAAAAUGAGUUGAUAGCUUUGUUAGCUAAUGAUAUAAAAGCCAGGAUUAUCAAGAAAAUUCAAGAUGCAAAGUAUUUUUCUGUAAUCCUUGAUUGCACUCCAGAUAUUAGCCAUCACGAACAAAUGACUGUCAUCAUUCGUUAUGUAGAUGUUUCAGCCACUUCAACUACGAUAGAAGAAUUCUUCUUGACAUUUUUGAAAGUUGAUGAUACAUCUAGAGAAGGACUUUUCUGUGAGCUUCAAGAUGUGUUGGCUGCUUUUGAGUUAAACAUUGAUGAUGUUAGGGGUCAAGGUUAUGAUAAUGGCUCGAAUAUGAAAGAAAAGUAUAAAAGAGUGCAGAAAAGAUUACUUGAGAUUAAUCCUAGGGCAUUUUACACACCUUGUGGUUGCCACAGUCUUAAUCUUGCACUUUGUGAUAUGGCAACCAUUUCUUCAAAGGCAAUAUCAUUUUUCGGAAUCAUUCAACAAACGUAUUGUUUCUUUUCAUCUUCAAUUAAGCGGUGGAAAAUAUUUGAAGAUAAGGUGGGAGGUCUAACACUCAAGCCUUUGUCACAUACUCGAUUGGAGAGUCAUGUUGAAUGUGUUAAAGCAAUACGAUUUCAAGCUCCCAAAAUCAUGGAUGCUUUAGUUUAUAUUGCUGAGAAUAGUGAUGAUCCGAAAGAACAGAGCGAUGCUGAAUGUCUUGCAACAAGUGAAACACAUGGAAUUGGAAGUUUUGAGCUUUUGGUUUCCAUGGUAAUUUGGUAUAAUCUUCUUUCUGCUGUGAACAUUGUUAGUAAGAGUUUGCAAUCUGUAGAUAUGAACAUAGAUGUUGCUAUCCCUCAGUUGAAAGGGCUGGUUUCUUAUUUUCAAAAGUACAGAGAUUCAGGUUUUGAAAAAGCAAAAUUGGAAGCUAAAGAAAUUGCAGAUUCGAUGGAGAUUGAGGUUGUAUUCCCAAGAAAGCAAAGCGGGUCAUUAAAAGAAAAAGAAAUUAUGGUAAAGAAUCAGAGAGAGUUGAAGGAAGUGUGGUUUUAUUACCAAAGGAGAGCUUUAGAGUUGAUUACUUCAUUCAGAUUAUGGAUCAAGCUUUAAGCUCGCUUCAGAAAAGAUUUGAACAAUUUGAGAGGUAUGAACAAAUAUUUGGAUUUUUGUUUGAUUUGAAGAAAUUGCAGUCAGCGAGCGAUGAAAGUUUGAUGGCAUCUUGUACCAAUCUUGAAAAUUCUCUAACUCAUGGGGACCAUUCAGAUAUUGUUGGUAACGAUCUGUUUUGUGAACUAAAAGUUCUAAGAGAAGCUUUACCAACUGGAACAAAGAGGCCAAUUGAGGUGUUAGACUUUUUAAUAAAGGUUGAAGAUUGUUAUCCGAAUGCAUGGAUCGCUUAUCGAAUACUGAUGACGAUUCCAGUUUCACUUGCAUCUGCUAAAAGAAGUUUUUCAAAGUUGAAGUUAAUCAAGUCUUAUCUUCGGUCGAGUAUGUCACAAGAAAGAUUAAGCGACUUGGCUAUUU